AUGUCUGUAAUUUUUAAGUUUAACAAAAAAAGUGCUAAAUUACAAGAAUCAUCAAUAUAUGAGGAUCUUCAACAAGAUGAGAGUAGCAAAGAUUAUAUUAAAUCUUUAGAUAAUAAAAAAAUUAAAAGUCUUAAUCCAACAAAAAAAAAGGAAUACAUUAUUCCACUAAUCAAAAAUGACAAUAUUUUAAGUACUUUAGAGGUUGAGGCCAUAAACAGUCUUAUUACAGAGUCCAAGGAAUUUAAAGGUGUUAAAAAUACUUCAACAGAUUCAAAUUUUAUGAUAUCAUUAGAUAAAAAAAUUGACCAACCAUUCUCAUUACCUAAUGUUAGUGUUGUUAAUCCUGACUAUAAUGUAAUACCAAUUGAGGAGUAUGGCCAAGCUAUAUUAAAAGGAAUGGGAUGGAAACCUGGGGAUCCUAUUGGCUUAAGAUCAAAAACUGUCAUUGCCCCAAUUACCCCAAUGUUAAGACCUAAGGGGUUGGGACUGGGUGCUGAGAAAAUUAUUAGUGAACAAGAAUCCAAAUCACAUGCAAAACUCAGGAAAAUCAUUGAAUCAGAUGACCCUCAUCCUCCACAUUCUCAAGGAGCAGAACCAGAGGAUAACUUGGACUAUUCUAUAGGGACACAUGUGGUUAUACUUAAAGGGAGUCUUUAUAAUGACUGUUAUGGAAAGAUUGAAGGCAUUGACGAAGACAAUGGCCGAAUUAUAGUUAAGUUAGCGUUUCACGAUGAUUUAGCCAUAACUAUCCCAAAGUUUUUGACUAAACUCAUAACAAUCAAAGAUUUCGAAAAAUUUCUUAAAAAAACAAAUGGCCAAGAUAUUAAAAGUUCAGAGAAGGACAGAAUCGUAUCCUUUAUAAACCCCGUCAAGCAACAAUAUGGUCUUAUUAAUAUGAAAGAAAUGCCGGAUAAAAGGACCAACCAUGAUGCUUUUAAAUCCUCAGACGAUUGGGUUAGGCUGAAUUUAAAAGUCAGAAUUAUAGAUCGCAAAUUUAAAGAAGGCAAAUAUUACAAACAAAAAUUAAUCAUCACCAAAAUAAUUCCCCCAUCUAUGGAAGAUGACCUCAAAUUAGUCACUUACACGGGUAUUUUCAUAAGUAACGAUGAAGGAUCGAAUAACGAUGGCAAAAUUGUCAAAGACUUAACUCGUAAAAUGCUCGAAACCGUCAUACCAAAAAAUAUUCACUCGGACAGAAACGAAGCGUUAGUUAUGAUAGUUAAAGGCGAAUAUUCAGGAACGGUGGGUCAAUUGAUUGAAAAAAAUAGCAAACAGCAAAUGGCUCUUGUAAGAAUCAUUAAUAAACGCGAAAAAAUAUCAGCAAAAGAAUUUUCUUACAAUGCAGUAUGUGAAUAUUGUCCAGAUUAAAAAAUGCAUCUUAAAUUUAUUUAUUAACAUAAAUUAUUUUAUUUGUUUAAUGAAAAUGUAUAUACAUUUAUUGAUAUUGAUUUAGUUAGGGAAAACUAUUAUAUAUUU